AUGUGUUUAAUACGAAGAUUUUUAAAGUAUAGAAAGUUAUGGUCGCCUCUUACGAGGUCCUAUACCACACAAACACCAUUGGUAGACUUAACAGUGGACGAUGAAGGUAUAGCCACUUUAACCAUGCAACGUCCACCGGCCAACACAUUCAAUUUGGAAUAUUUACAUGAAAUUACCAAUUCGCUGAAUGAAAUCUCGAAACAGAAAGUCAAAGGCGUUGUUUUUACAUCCGCAAUACCUAAUAUAUUUUCCGCAGGGCUAGAUAUAAACGAAUUUAAUAAACCAGAUUUACAGAGACUAGAAAACUUCUGGAGCAAUGUUCAAGAUUUAUUUACAAAAGUUCUCAGCUUAGACUUCGCUACUGCAGCAGCUGUUAAUGGCCAUGCACCCGCAGCUGGUUGUCUUCUCUCUCUAGCGUGCGAGUACCGUGCCAUAGUGAACGGUAAUUACAAGAUAGGUUUGAACGAGGCAGCUCUAGGUAUCAUAACCACGCCAUGGAUUCAAGCAGUGAUGUACCAAGUCAUACCAAUGAAACAAGCUGAAACAGCGUUGACAACUGCCAAGUUGUUCAACGUGGAUGAAGCUCUACAGAUCGGUCUUAUAGACGAAAUAGCAUCAAACAAGGAAGAUGCUAUAAAAAGAUGUAAACAAUACAUCAGAAAAUUUGAUAAAAUUCCUCUACGGGCGAGAGCUUUAACUAAACAAAGAAUGCGACAAACUCCUAUAAAAAUACUACGAGAACAACGUGAAGAGGACAUUAGAAUGUUCGUCGAUAUAGUCAUGGACCCAUCAGUGCAAGAUAAUUUGAGCGAUUAUGUUGAAAAACUUAAAAAUAAGAAAAAAAAAGUA